GGCAUGCGGUCCCUCGACAUAACGCCUUUCAUCGUCUUGAAGUUGCUCAACCUUAAUAAAAGGACCUUGUUUCUUUUGGAUUUAGAGGAGGCAUUUCUCAUCAACCUAUUGUCAAAUACCCCUAGCGAGACAGAAGGUCUUCCGGUUGUGUGUAUCAUAUUACUUUGCGUGCUAAAGAAAGGCAGUAAUCCUGGCGCAACGUGAAACGAACAUGGCGGACUUGGAGGCCGAGGCCGAGCAAUUCCUUGAAGAAGAUGGCUCGGAUAUUCCUCUCUCGACUGAGAGGAAACGUCCCCUAGCCAGUAUGCUCAAGAGAAAGAAUCUUCCAAUGUACUUGCAAUUCGUUUUCUUUGGGAUUGGUUCAGUUUUGCCGGUUUUCGUCAUUUUUGCCGCAGUUGAUUACUUCGAUGUCAUCUUUCCAAGCAAGGAGCCAGAGUUCGCAUUGAAUGUCAUCUACAAUCCACUACUGUUUUGUGGUUCGUUUGUGAAUCUUGUAUGGGGACGUGGUUCAAGCUUCAAAUGGAGGAUUGUCAGUGGUUUUAGCGUGAUGGCUGUGUCGAUGGUGGCAUUUAUUGCGUUAGAUCAGCUUGAGUUAUGCGGUGCAACUUGCCUAAAGACUCACUACUGGUCCGUCCUUCUCGUUGCUGGCAUCCUAGGUCUCGCUGAUGCAGUCUGCCAGUCGACCUUAUUCGGCCUCACGAGUCAUGCAUUGCCUCCCUUGUACACCCAGGGAUUGAUGUUUGGUGCAAGUAUCUGUGGUGGCAUUAUAACCAUCCUCCGUAUUGUCACCAAGAGCACGACAUCCAGCAUGCAUCUAUCCAGUUAUUACUACUUUGGUGCCACAUCUGUUUUCAUUGCCUUGGUUAUCAUCCUCUUCAUCCGCCUUAUGAGUGGCUCAGCCUUCCAGCGCUACUACUCAAGAGCAGCUAGAUACAGCCUAGACAAAGAUCUACGUCAUCCAAUCCGCAGACUGGUGGGGUUCACAAUUGAAGCUCUCAAGGUCCUUAGCUACAAGCGAGUGUUUUGCUAUUGUUUCCUCCUGAUGCUAAUACAUCUUCAGCAGUUCAUGGUCAUGCCAUCAGUUGUCACCAUGGCAAAUGAUUUCCUGGGUCAUGGUUGGUACCCUGUGCUACUUGUGCUGGUUUAUAACAUUGGUGAUGUCAUUGGAAGAGGACCACUAACUAUGUACUAUACCUAUAAUCUAGGCUGGGCUUGGCUCUCUACAUUUGUCCGGUUUUCUCUGGUCAUUGGUAUCUGUCUAAGUGUACCCCCAUACAUGCUUAGCAGAAAACCCGCUUGGAUGGCAACGUUUGUAGGCCUACUUGGACUGUCGACAGGGCACCUCAGUACAUCCUUGAUGUCCCAGGCAUCAGUGGAUGUACCUGGGAGGGCUAAGGAAACAGUUGGGUAUCUUGGGGUUUUGAGCAUGACCCUUGGAAUGGCUGGAGGCAGUGCUUUAAGCCUGGGUUUGAAAGCUUUAAUAGAAAGGGUGAACUAAUCAAUAGAGUCACCAAGGAUUCUUGCUAUUAUGACAGUUUACAGAUAGAUCAGGCAUGUAGCCUGGGGGAAGGGGAGGAACCACUUGACUGAUCUUGAAAGUCUGCUCAAAUGAAAGAAAAGUCAGUACCACUGUAAGCUGAGAAACCCCCUUCCCUUCCCCCACACUUAAAUUCUUGGCAUGCAUCUUUGUAGAUGCACAAUAAAAUUACAAAGCAUACCAUUAUAGUUUAUUCCACUCCUGGAAUGAAAUUCCAUUCCUGGAAUUUCAAAUUAAAAAAAAAAAUAAAUUGCUCGAUAUGCUUUACAAAUUACUUUACUCUCUCAGCCUACAUUGGUCAUGCUGUUUCCUCUAUAGAAAUAAAAUAUUUUGGAAGGUAUUAGGUUAUUUUGUAUUUAAAGGAGGAGCGUAACUUGCAAGACUGGAAGCCUGUGUAGUAUUUUUCAAAAUAGCCAAUCAGAGACGUAUGAGAGUAUUGGGUAACAAAGAUUGCAAGAGAAUUGCGCUAGUUAAUCUUUCUGUUUGUUAUGAUUCAAACCCCCUGAGAAUUAUUUUAUUUUUUGAUAAAAUAAGCAUCUAUAUGUUUUCAGCGCUUGGAGAGGUCCCUUGAGGCCAUAUCGAAGACUCUGGGGCAAUGUUGUGGUUUGUAUUCGAUGUUUAUUUCCGGUGUUAGGCUUCUGGGUUUUGUGUGGUUCAACAAAUAAAUUACACUUCCCCCUACUAACAA